CCGGAAGUGCCUCUCAAAAUGCUGAACCGCUCUUUGGAACGGGCUGGGGCUGAGGUAGUUGGCGUCAGUACUCGGGCUUGAGCCUCCAGGCCAGGCUCCUGGGUGUCGUUAAUGUUCGGGGCCACCGGGCGCCCACCGAACGGAGCUCCAGCCGCCGGGAACAGCUGGCAUUUUAGUAGAACCAUGGAAGAACUGGUUCAUGAUCUUGUCUCAGCAUUAGAGGAGAGUUCCGAACAAGCUCGAGGUGGAUUUGCUGAGACAGGAGACCAUUCUCGAAGUAUAUCAUGUCCUCUGAAACGCCAAGCCAGGAAAAGGAGAGGGAGGAAGAGGAGGUCAUAUAAUGUUCACCACCCAUGGGAUACUGGUCAUUGCUUAAGUGACGGGUCUGAUUCUAGUUUAGAAGAACCAAGCAAGGACUACAGAGAGAAUCACAAUAGUAACAAAAAAGAUCAUAGUGACUCUGAUGACCAAAUGUUAGUAGCAAAACGCAGGCCAUCAUCCAAUUUGAAUAAUAACGUUCGAGGGAAAAGACCUCUGUGGCAUGAGUCUGAUUUUGCUGUAGACAACCUUGGGAACAGGACUCUCCGCAGGAGGAGGAAGGUAAAACGCAUGGCAGUAGAUCUCCCACAGGAUCUUUCUAACAAACGGACAAUGACCCAGCCACCUGAAGGUUGUAGAGAUCAGGACAUGGACAACAGAGCUUAUCAAUAUCAAGAGUUUACGAAGAAUAAAGUUAAAAAAAGAAAGUUGAAAAUAAUUAGACAAGGACCAAAAAUCCAAGAUGAAGGAGUUGUUUUAGAAAAUGAGGAAGUAAGCCAGACCAAUAAGGACAAAAUGGAAUAUGAAGAACAAAAAGUCUCAGAUGAACUCAUGAGUGAAAGUGAUUCCAGCAGUCUCAGCAGCACUGAUGCUGGUUUGUUUACCAAUGAUGAGGGAAGACAAGGUGAUGAUGAGCAGAGUGACUGGUUCUAUGAAAAGGAGUCAGGGGGAGCAUGUGGCAUCACUGGAGUUGUGCCCUGGUGGGAAAAGGAAGAUCCUACUGAGCUAGACCAAGACUUACCUGAUCCUGUCUUUGAAAGUAUCUUAACUGGUUCUUUUCCCCUCAUGUCACAUCCAGGAAGAAGAGGUUUCCAAGCUAGACUCAGUCGCCUUCAUGGAAUGUCUUCAAAGAAUAUUAAAAAACCUGGAGGGGCUCCAACUUCAAUGGUUUCCAGUCCUGGCCCUGUCAGUAACAAGAGGAUGGUUCACUUUUCCCCAGAUUCUCAUCAUCACGACCAUUGGUUUAGCCCUGGGGCUAGGACAGAGCAUGGCCAGCUCCUGAGAGAUAACCGAGCUGAAAGAGGACACAAGAAAAACUGUUCUGUGAAAACUGCCAGCAGGCAAACAAGCAUGCAUUUAGGAUCUUUGUGCACGGGAGACAUCAAAAGGAGAAGGAAAGCCGCACCUUUGUCUGGCCCUCCUACCACAGGAUUUGUAGGUGAAAAUGCCCAGCCAAUCCUAGAAAGCAACAUCGGAAAUCGAAUGCUUCAGAGUAUGGGCUGGACACCUGGGUCAGGCCUGGGGAGAGAUGGCAAGGGAAUCUCCGAGCCAAUUCAAGCCAUGCAGAGGCCAAAGGGAUUAGGACUUGGAUUUCCUCUACCAAAAAGCACUCCUGCAACUGCUACCCCCAAUUCAGGAAAAUCCACUUAAGAAGUAAAGCAAAGAAGAAAUGUUUUACAGUUCCUGUUCCUUAUGCCAUUGUAGUAAAACUACAAUAUAGUUUCUGGGUUUGAAGCAGAAAUCUCCAUUCCCCUAAAUUCAUCUCACUAAGUUCCUAAUUUCAGAUAAUCCUGUUACAGUGAGAGAUGGAAUUUUAACAGAAUCCAUGGUGCUAAAGCCUCUGCCCUUGAAAUUUUCUCAGUAAUUGCCAUUUAUUUUUAGAUAUAAAGGACAGUUUUGUCUCUUAUUUAUUGUGGUUUUUAGAUGUCAGUAAUUACUAAUGCUUUACUCAGUUCAUGUGUGUGUUUAAUGUCCAAGCAAGUGUGAGAACAUCCAGUAGUUUCUAAAUUUAGGCUAGACCAGAAAAGAGUGUUUCCUGUCAUGCUUAUGCUAAAGAGUUUGGUCUGGAAUGAGGGCUGGUAGUCCUCUUUGAUAGCUCUCUUGAUAAAGUGCUAAACAAAUCUCUGAAAGGCUUGGCAGUUUUCUGUCCUUGAACCUAGCUUUCUCAUGAAAGGUUUCUAAGGUGUCUAAGAAGAGUGAUACCCAUUAAAUUUCUGAUUUUAGUAGGUGUAAUACGAAUUUCACAGAGGACAAAAAACAAUUUUAAGAAAAAUACACCUCAUCACUGUUCUCACCAUAGUGCCCUGAACGUUAUUUUAAUGCAGACUUUAUAAAUUUUACCUCACUUAGAGCAGAAAGUAAUUAUUGAAAGAAAUAUGUAUUUUUGAAUUCACCAUGACUGUAAAUUCAAUUCAUCCCAAUGUCUACCUCUCACUUCCCAAAGAUCAACUCAAGGUGUAGUCAUCUGGUUUUAAAUUUUAAUCACCGAAGCAAGUUGUUUGACUAUUGAAUCAACUUAUUUGAAGACUGAAAUGGCUCUCCCAAGAAUUCUGUUUAUUUACCAGAAAGAGAGGGGACUGACCUGCCCUUUCUCAGGUCUCGGCUGUUAUUUUCAAACUAAGCAAAACAGUCAGUCUUAUUCUGUGCCUAGGACGAAGUUAUUUUGAAACCAUUUUCUUUGUCAUGCCAGAAAACCUAAAUUGCUGGUAGAAGAUGCUGAUUUAUUAUCAUCAUUAAAGGAACAAAUAAUUAUUAUUCUAUUAAUAAUUGUCUUUGUUGGUUAAGUAAAGGUUAAGAUAACCCCUGUGAAUCCUCUAAUAGGUUUUUUAAUUUUAUAAAUUGCCCCCCAAAAAAGAGUUUUUAAGGCAGUAGAGAAAGUGUAGACAUGUGGCAAAACUUUCUCAGGUGGUUCCCUUGAAAAAAAACAAAACAAAAAACAAAACUGCUGCCAACUAGGGAGGGGAAAAAUCAAUCUGCCAUUCAAAAGAAAGCCUUAACAGUUUGCCAAAUGUACAUGUGUGUUUUGAGAAUUACCUUCUUUCCUGGAAGUAUCAGGGUCCAAAGGAGAAGCAGUUAGGACAUUGUAUACCUCCAGUGGAAUGUUUGUGUUCAUUAAAGCAACCCUGCUGUGUGAUUUCUUUCUACAAGUUUGUCAUUAGAAGAGACUUGUCAUUCUUUUCAUGAUUUUUUUUCCCUGUGUUCAUUCUAUUUACGUAGUGGGGAAGAUAGCAAAGAUUAUAUACAAGUUUUGAAACAUUUGUAAUCAAAUAUUGUACUUUACAGCAUAUUUUAAAAAUUUUUUAAAUUCUUCCUAAAGAUCUUCUAAUAUCCCAGAGUUUCAAAUAGCCCAAUUUUGAAUCACUGAUAGCAUUGAGUCCUCAGGCUCCUAAAGACUUGGUUGUGAUUUUUUUUUCAUCCUACCUGAUUCUAAUGGAUGUAGAGCCCUCCUAAUGAAUAUGACUGGCACAUACACCACACCGCUAGGGAGAAGCUCCUAACAAAAGAUGCAGCUUUUGGAAUGCUUCUCAUUGUUGCCAUCCUGGAAAGGCAUAAACCCGGAAAUCUGUGAACUUCUUAACAUCCAAAAAAAUCUCUCAGUACUUCCCACAAUGAGAAGAAGCUUUUUUAUCCUGAUGCAUAGAGCCUUCUCUGUGGCCCACAGGGUUAAAGUAUAGCACAUGCUCCUGAAAUGUCUAACUGUACAGAAUCAGCACUCAGCAUAGUUGAUGAGAACAUCCCAAGCUUCCCUGUUCCUCUGUAGGAUGUGUUCAGCAUUCAGACACUAAGCACAGUAGGACAUCGGUGACUCACACCUGUAAUCCUAGCUACUCACGAGUCUGAGAUUCUGAGUUUACAUAUGGA